AUGCCGCCCUCCUGGACAAAAACAACCCCCUGGCUCUGGACGCCAGACCCAAGCUACACAGAAACAGACCCCUCCACGCCAGCGCAAUUCGUCCUCUUCAGAAAGACAUUCGCACUCCCAGAACCAGCCCCAGAAUCAAUUAUCCUGCACAUCUCCGCCGACACGCGCUACCGCCUGUACAUAAACGGGCAGAGCAUCUCCUUUGGCCCUGCGAAAUCCUACCUGAACGAGUGGAACUACGAGACCGUUGAUAUUGCGCCGUUUGUCAACCGCGGGGGUGAGAGGAAUGUGCUUGCGGCGCGCGUGUUGAGGUAUUCGGGAACGCAGGUUGGGAAUACGAGUAUGGUUCGGGCGGCGAUUCCGGGGUUCUUUCUGUAUGAAGAUUUUGGGAUUGGCCUAAGCACAUCAACCCCCUGGCUCUGCAAAGUGGACCGAUCCGUGCGAAUCCUGCCGGCCUCGGAAUGGAACCGCGCACUCGGUCCGCCAUUCCUAUGCAUAAACGAAGAAGUCGACGCGGGCAAGGAAGAACGCGGGUGGCUGCAUGCCGAUUUCGACGAUAGCCACUGGGAUACGGCCGUCAGGUCCUCGAUUACAGUUCCUAUGCUCCCUGUGAAUGAGCCCUGGAGACUCGUUCCGAGGAGUAUCCCAGCUCUUCCGGAAAUUGAAGGGAGGUUUCAGGGUGUCGUUAGGGUUGAUUCCGCUUCCUCUCAAGCAAAAGGUUGUGACUUUGCCCAUGAGGCAGAGGCAUGGACCGCCCUAAUCCAAACUGAUACCCCCCUAGCAAUCCCAGCGAAUACCACAACAACCGUGAUCCUCGAAAGCUCAACACUCGUCACAGCCUUCCUCCACUUCACCUUCCGGCGUGGCGCCGGAUCGAAAAUCCAGAUCCGCUGCGCAGAGUGCUUCGAGUAUCCGCCCGCAGACGGGAAUCCGAACCCCUUUGCCCGGAAUAAAGGGGACCGCACGGAUUCCGGGGGGAUUCUCAUGGGGCCGGAUGAUUUCUAUACCCUCUCCUCCUCCACCUCUCAGGAGGAAGACAUCACAUACAGCCCCUUCUGGCACCGGACAUUCCGCUUCCUGCGGCUGACCAUAACGACUCUCUCGGACCCCUUCCUCGUGACAAAAGCAACCUUCUCCAAAACACACUACCCGCUGGAGAUAACAACGACCCUCCCCCUGCGCUCCCUCGCGCAAACCGAACGCCAGAAAUGGUCCACGAGCCUCACGACGCUCCUCAACUGCAUGCAGGAAACAUACACCGACUGCCCCUUCUACGAACAGAACCAAUUCGCCCUGGAUACGCGGCUGCAAGCGCUCUUCAGCUACAAUCUGUCCCGCGACGACCGACUCGCCCGGAAAGCCAUCCAGGAGUUUGCCGCAUCGCGGCGCGGAUGCGAUGGGCUCGUCGAGACGCAUUUCCCGGGCCCCUUUGCGGGCGCGGGCGUUGUUAUCCCUGCCUUCUCGCUGUUCUGGGUCCUCAUGCUGCAUGACCAUAUGCUGUACUUUGGCGAGGAAUCCCUCGUGAGGAGAUACAUUGGCGCGGUGGAUGGGAUCCUCGACUACUUCGAGUCGAGAAUCGAUCCGCGCUAUGGGAUGGUCGGCCGCUUUGACGAGGACGCGUGGGCGUUUGUUGAUUGGACGCGCGAGUGGUCUGCCAUGCCCCCGGGAGGGAGUUUUACGGACCUCGCGGUGCCGCCGGGGUAUCGCCGGUGUGGGGCGAUUAGCUAUGUGAGUCUGGUGUAUGCGUAUGUGCUGGGCAAGGCGGCGGAGAUGUGUGAGUUCGUGGGGAGGGGGGAUGUGGCGAGGGAGUAUAGGAGUCGGGCGGGGCGGGUGAAUGGGGCUGUUUUGAGGCAUUGUCUACGGCGUGUCCGGCGGGCAGAGGGCGAGCAGGGAUGCGGAGGAGAAGACGAAGAGGGCGAAGAAGAGGAAGAGUUCUUCCUAACCGACUCGCCCGACAGCCCAGAAACAGAUACCGAACUAAGCCAACACACCCAGGUCUUCGCCAUCCUCUCCGGCGCCGUGACGGGCCCCCGCGCAGCACGAAUCCUCCGCCGCGCGCUGGCGCCCUCGACAAACGCCUCUUACGCAAAAUGCUCCUACGCACUGUCCUUCUAUGUCUUCGAAGCCGCGGUCCAAACAGGACUCUACGAGGAAUUCCGAAACGACCUCGUGAAGCCGUGGGCGGAUAUGCUGAGUCUGAAUCUGAGCACGUGGGCCGAGUCCGCAGCGAUGCCGCGCAGCGAUUGUCAUGGGUGGAGCUGCGUGCCGAUUUAUGAUGCUGUUGUUAAUGUUUUGGGGGUCAGGCCUGUGGAGCCAGGGUGUGGGCGGCUGAGGUUUGAGCCGAGGGUCAACCUUUGGAAUGGCAAUAUAGCGGCGGACGUGGAGGAGAGGGAGAGCGAUGGAGUGCUUGAGGGCGUGGUUAUGGUCAAAGGGGGUGAGGUUAGGGUCUCUUGGGAGAAAGGGGAGAAGGGAGUGAGGUUGGCGGUGGAUUUCGAUGCCGAGGUCGAGGUCAGAGACGGGGAGGGAUACAAGGUGGUCAACCUGGAAAAGGGGGGCAGUUUGACUGUGCAUGGUUGA